AUGUCGCGGCCGCAGACCAGCGUCUCUGCCGCGCAAGUAGGGGACGCGGCCGCCGCUCCGCCGGAGCCGAGCUUCGUUCCGCGUAAAGAAGGUGUCACGGACGGGGCGUGGGACAAGCACGACCGCCUGGCCGUCCUGGAGGCCCUGCAGGACGCGGAGGCCGCGGCGCAGCACCGCGAGCCGUCCGCAGCGCCCGCCCCGUCAGACGCGACACCGCCCUCGUCGUUCCGCGAGUACAUGCGCCUCCCGCCGCUGGAGCGCAAGAUCCUGCUCGGGCUCAGCGACGCGGAGUACGCCGAGCUCGCGAAGAGCCUCGGCGAGAAGGCCUUCCGUGGCAAGCAGAUGCGCACGGCGGUGGUGGGCGGGGCGCGCAGCAUCGGCGACAUCACGACGCUCAGCAAGGCGCUGCGGCAGCGGCUCGAGGAGGAGGGCUGGCGCACGGGGCGCAGCGCCGUGCACCACCGCGUGGAGAGCCACGACGGCGUGCACAAGUUCUUGCUGCGCCUUGCCGACGGCCGCGUCGUGGAGACCGUCGGCAUCCCGUCGCUGGACAACGACGGCAAGCGUCUGACCGCGUGCGUGUCCAGCCAGGUGGGCUGCCCCAUGCGCUGCACGUUCUGCGCCACGGGCAAGGGCGGCUACGCGCGCAACCUCCUCGUGCACGAGAUCGUGGACCAGGUUCUGACCAUCCAGGAGGAGCUGGGGCGGCGCGUGUCCAACGUGGUGUUCAUGGGCAUGGGGGAGCCGCUGCUGAACCUACCGUCGGUGCUCGAGGCGGUGACGUUCCUGAACGAAGACCUCGGCAUCAGCAUGCGCAAGAUCACCAUUUCUACCGUCGGCGUGCCAAACGCCAUCCCGAGGCUGGCCGCCGCGCAUCUCCAGGCGACGCUCGCGGUGUCGAUCCACGCGCCCACGCAGCAGCUGCGCGAACAGAUCGUCCCGUCGGCGAAAGCCUACCCGAUCGAGGCGCUCAUGAAGGACUGCGCCGAGUACUUCAAAGCGACGGGCCGACGCGUCAGUUUCGAGUACACGCUUCUGUCCGGCGUCAACGACGGCCCCGAGCACGCCGCGGAGCUCGCGAGGUUGCUGCGUCGCCACGGGCUCGGCGGCCCAUCGAACCCGGCCCUGAUGGGCUCGUCACGGCGCGGCAACCGCGGCGGCGCGCAGGAGGACAACUCCGCCCCGCCGUCGUCAUCGUGGCACGUCAACCUGAUUCCCUGGAACCCCGUGGACGAGAGCGAGUUCAAGAGGCCCUCGAGGGACACGGUGCGGCGCUUCAAGGAGGCCCUGGAGUCGAAGGGCAUCCCGUGCAGCGUGCGACAGACGCGCGGGCUGGAGGCCGCUGCGGCGUGCGGGCAGCUGCGGAACCGGUACCAGAAGGAGCCCGUGGAGGGCUUCGCGGGGAUCGAGGCACAGGUGUAG